CACUAUUUAAGUGGUAGCAAGAAUGGGCUGUGAAUCGCGUCGGCUUUCUCCACAAAGGGAAACGCUGUCAUCUUAUCUGUAGCAUCACUGAGCUGAAGAGAGGGAACAGAGGAAAGUCUGCAGGACUCCUGGUGCCACUAUGAGCUAUGUAAAGUGUGCAAAAUACAUCGGAUACUGUCUGGUGUGGGCUGCUGUCUUCUGCAUCGUAGCUAAUGCUUUGCUCUACUUUCCUAAUGGGGAAACAAAGUAUGCUACCGAGGACAACCUCAGCCGCUUUGUGGGCUACUUUGCUGGCAUUGUAGGCGGAGGCCUGCUGAUGCUCCUACCAGCAUGUGUGUUCAUUGGGCUGGAGGAAGAGGACUGCUGUGGGUGCUGCGGCUUUGUAAACUAUGGCAAGGGAUGCUCGAUGCUUUUUUAUGUGCUGGCUGCUCUGAUUGGACUCAUGGGAUCUGGCUACUGUGUCAUUGUGGCAUCGCUGGGUUUGGCAGAGGGACCAAAGUGCAUCGAUGCCAACGGAGUAUGGAACUACACCUUUGCCAGCACUGAGGGACAGUACCUUCUGGAUUCCUCUAUGUGGUCCAAGUGCUAUGAGCCCAAGCAUAUUGUGGAGUGGCAUGUGACUCUAUUUUCUAUCCUCUUGACUUUCUCUGCGAUUGAAUUCAUCUUGUGUCUCAUUCAAGUGAUAAAUGGAGUGCUUGGAGGCACAUGCGGCUAUUGCUGCUCUCGCCAGCAGCAAUAUAACUGCUAAAAAAAGAACACAAGACAGAACCGCGUGCUUCCUGUAUUUCACUGUAAUUUGUAUAUUUUACCUGUGUUGUGAGACUUUGCACCUUGUGUCAUAUCCCACCCUUUCUGCUUUUAUAAGGAAAUGUGCUGACAUCAUGGUAUGAUGUCAGUGUUUACAUUCAUAAAACAAACUUUGUUUUGAAGAACGAGGCAGCAGACCCCACUCACUCAGAAGGGAUUUUACAGACUUAAUGACUGUUCUCAGCAUAGCUGAGAUAAACUCUUCAAUGUUUGAGAUAAAAAUCAUAUCUAACUAUUGUCCAUACGUGCAUUUGUUCUUUUAAUAAAAGAUCUCUGGUUUCUUUUUUAAGACCAAGAAGGACCAAAAAAAAAAAAAAA